UUCCCCAUUCUUGCCUUUCGCACGGCAAAUUUGACGGACUCCGUGAAUUCUGAUUAGGGUCGUUGUGUAAAUUUUACAUCGACUCAUUUUUCCAGCAUUUCUUACUGAAAAUAGUCGUAAAAAUGGAACUUGUAGCUUCAGCGCGUUGUGGCAUUAAAAUAUUGCAGCUCAUGCAACCCCCAGCCAUGCAAGCAUUGCUGCAAUUACAGGCACAACAAUUGCGUCACCGCCAAACCAAACACUGGAAUCCGAAAUUUAAGAAGCUACGUUCACAAAAGUUUGUUAAGGUAGAAUUACCUAACUUCCAAGAGAAACAAGGCGAUUUGACGCAAGACGAAAUACGUAGCCGCCUAAAGAAACGAGGUGUGCUGCCACCACGUCCCUGGCUAGAACGACCCUUCCAUAUUAGUUGCACCGGCGGUAUUUUUGAACCUUAUGUGCCGCCAGAAGGCGAUGGCAAGAAGUCGAUCAUUUCCUCUACGGGUGCCAAACAAAAGUUUGAAUUCCUUGAAAAGAAAUCGAAAAGUUUUAUGGCAGUACGCAAAAUACGCGCGUAUGAAGAAGAGUUCAGCACUGAUGACUUUGCCAGUCAAGCCCAGGAUAUCUAUGUUGCAGCGCACACACAAAUGGCGGCGAAAAAUAAACAUCAGUUGCGUGAAUACGUUACGGAACGCUGUUAUCCCGAAAUGAUGCACAAUGUGCGUGACAAGACCAUCCACUGGCGUUUCUUGCAAUCUUUGGAACCGCCACGCGUGGUACAUGCACGCGUCACAGACAUCAUCAGCAAGGAAAAUUUGUAUGCGCAAGUUACUGUGCGAUUUCACACACAACAAGUGUUAGCUAUUUACGACCGGUUCGGACGUUUAAUGCAUGGCAGUGAAAUCGUAGCUAAAGAUGUAUUAGAAUACGUGGUAUUUGAAAAACAUAUUUCUAAUGAAUAUGGACAAUGGCGUUUGCACGAUAAAAUCAUACCUGAUUGGUUGCCGCCCAAAGAACCAGCGCCUAUUACGUAUCAAGUGAUUGAAGAGGCGGAAGAAGCUGUGGAAUUACUAGCUGAGGGUGAUACGAAAUUAGAGCCCGGUGCGGAGCAGCCAACUCAAAAACAGCCGGCGCAAAUUCAAGCGGAGUCCUCAUCAGCGUCAGAUAUGAAAGCGGAUAGCGAAAGCAAGGCAAAGCCGACGACGGCAAGUCCGUCCAUUUGAUUGUACUUUUUGUUGGCAGGUUUUAGAAUCAAAUUGUUAGAUUAUCGAACUAUUAAAUAAAUGUUAUCAAAUAACUGGGAA